AUUGCUGCUGAUGAUGAGAAGCUGAAAAGGAAGCAAAACGGAAGAAGGCAGCCAAGUGGGCGACACCAGCCUGGAUACCCUUCUUACACACACACACACACACGCACGCACGCACACAAACACUCACCCAGACACACACACAUACACUGCAUCCGAACCGAGGAAAGUUUUCUGGCUAAGCUGUUUGCCUUUCAAGUCUUACAAGCUCAACGAUGUCCUUUGCCCUCCAGCCACUGUUUUAGAGGGGAAGGAAGCUCUUCUCAGGACAAUUUUUUCCCCACCCCACUACAUCUCUCCCCACCCCCACCCCCACCCCUUUGCUAUUUCUUCAGCUUUAGCCACAACUGCGAACCUGAUUCUUCCUUCCCUCAGGGCUUCCACGCUGCUUAUUAGCCCGGACAGGCAAAGAACCUGACAUCCUCAGUCCCGGUGUGGGACCAGGAGAAAGGUCUGAGGUCCCAGCCAUGGACAGCAGUGAAAUGAGGGGCUUCCUUUGGAAAUUUAACCUGUUCUUUCCUUUGGUGCUGCUGCUGGUGUGCCUGGGAGUCUGCAGUCAUGUUUCCAGCAAUCAAGUCGUAUUGCUUGAUACAACCACUGCAAUUGGAGAGCUAGGAUGGAAAACCUAUCCACUAAAUGGGUGGGACGCUAUAACAGAAAUGGAUGAAUAUAAUCGUCCUAUCCACACAUACCAGGUAUGUAAUGUUAUGGAACCCAACCAAAACAACUGGCUUCGUACAAAUUGGAUCUCGCGUGAUGCCGCCCAGAAAAUUUAUGUGGAAAUGAAAUUUACCCUGAGGGACUGCAACAGCAUUCCAUGGGUGCUAGGGACAUGCAAAGAAACAUUCAACCUUUACUAUCUGGAAUCAGAUGAAUCCCAUGGAAUUAAAUUCAAGCCAAACCAAUACAGCAAAAUUGAUACUAUUGCAGCUGAUGAGAGUUUUACUCAGAUGGAUUUGGGAGAUCGCAUCCUGAAACUGAAUACAGAAGUUCGUGAGGUGGGACCAAUAAACCGGAAAGGAUUUUUUCUUGCCUUUCAAGAUAUUGGGGCAUGCAUUGCUUUGGUUUCUGUCCGUGCUUACUACAAAAAGUGUCCUUUCACUGUUCGGAACUUGGCUAUGUUUCCUGACACCAUUCCAAGGGUUGAUUCUUCUUCUUUAGUGGAAGUACGAGGUUCCUGUGUGAAGAGUGCUGAAGAACGGGAUACUCCAAAGUUAUAUUGUGGAGCUGAUGGAGAUUGGUUAGUUCCUCUAGGACGGUGCAUAUGCAGUGUUGGCUAUGAAGAAGUGGAUGGUUCAUGCCAUGCUUGCCGGUCAGGAUUCUAUAAAGCAUUUGCUGGAAAUAUAAAGUGUUCCAAGUGUCCUCCACACAGCCAAACCUUCGUGGAAGCAACAUCUGUAUGUCAGUGUGAAAAAGGAUACUUCCGAGCUGAUAAGGAUCCACCAACUAUGGCAUGUACCCGACCACCUUCUGCUCCAAGGAAUGUCAUCUUUAAUAUAAAUGAAACAGCCCUUAUGUUGGAAUGGACUCCACCAAGUGACACAGGAGGGAGAAAAGACCUUACCUAUAGUGUUAUUUGUAAAAAAUGUGGAUCUGAUACCAGCCGGUGUGAGAUAUGUGGAGGAGGAAUCCGAUUUGUUCCAAGACAUAGUGGGCUUAUCAAUUCUUCAGUGACUGUGCUUGAUUUUGUGUCCCAUGCGAACUACACUUUUGAAAUAGAAGCCAUGAAUGGUGUCUCUGAAUUAAGCUUUUCACCAAAGCAGUUCACAGCCAUCACAAUUACCACAGACCAAAAUGCACCCUCCUUGAUAGGUAUGGUCAGGAAGGACUGGGCUUCUCAAAACAGCAUUGCCCUCUCAUGGCAAGAGCCUGCUUUUCCUAAUGGAGUCAUUCUGGACUACGAGAUCAAGUACUAUGAGAAAGCCUACCCACGGAUAGCGCCGGCAUUUUGGCACUACCUGCGGGUAGAAGAGAAUGAGCAGCUCAGCUAUUCUUCCACAAGGUCAAAGGCUCCAAGUGUCAUUGUCACAGGUCUCAAACCAGCCACCAAGUACAUAUUUCAUAUCAGACUCAGGACUGCAACAGGAUACAGUGGCUAUAGCCAAAAGUUUGAAUUUGAAACUGGAGAUGAAACUUCAGAUAUAGCAGCAGAACAAGGGCAGAUUCUGGUCAUUGCCACAGCUGCUGUGGGUGGAUUCACUCUUCUAGUCAUUCUCACUCUUUUCUUCCUCAUUACUGGAAGAUGCCAGUGGUAUAUCAAGGCAAAAAUGAAGUCUGAAGAAAAACGAAGAAAUAAUUUGCAAAAUGGAAAUUUACGAUUCCCAGGAACCAAAACAUAUAUUGAUCCAGAUACUUACGAAGAUCCAUCCCUUGCUGUUCAUGAGUUUGCAAAGGAAAUAGAGCCAACAAGGAUUCGUAUUGAGAGAGUUAUUGGAGCAGGUGAAUUUGGAGAAGUGUGCAGUGGUCGCCUAAAAACACCUGGAAAAAGAGAGGUUCCUGUAGCCAUAAAAACUUUGAAAGGUGGACAUGUGGAAAGGCAGAGACGGGAUUUCCUACGAGAAGCUAGUAUCAUGGGACAGUUCGAUCAUCCAAAUAUUAUUCGCCUUGAAGGAGUUGUCACAAAGAGACCCUUCCCGGCCAUUGGGUUCCAGUCUCUUUGUCCAAGAUUCCUGAGGGAAGGAUUCUUAAAUAACAUUGCAGCUCCACAUCCUUUGUCAGGGGGAGGAUCUUUACCCUCCAGGAUUUUUUCCGGUAGACCACUAAUGAUAGUGGUUGAAUUCAUGGAGAAUGGAUCCCUUGACUCCUUUCUACGGAAACACGAUGGCCACUUCACAGUCAUCCAGCUUGUUGGGAUGCUUCGUGGAAUUGCUUCAGGCAUGAAAUAUCUCUCAGAUAUGGGUUAUGUACAUCGGGAUUUGGCAGCUCGGAAUAUUUUGGUCAAUAGUAAUCUCAUGUGCAAAGUCUCUGAUUUUGGAUUAUCACGGGUACUAGAGGAUGAUCCUGAAGCAGCUUAUACAACAACUGGUGGAAAAAUACCAAUAAGAUGGACAGCUCCUGAAGCUAUAGCCUACAGGAAAUUUUCUUCUGCAAGCGAUGCAUGGAGUUAUGGCAUUGUUAUGUGGGAAGUAAUGUCAUAUGGAGAAAGACCGUAUUGGGAGAUGUCUAAUCAGGAUGUCAUUCUGUCCAUUGAAGAAGGAUAUAGGCUUCCAGCUCCAAUGGGCUGCCCGGCUGCCCUCCAUCAACUAAUGCUUCAUUGUUGGCAAAAGGAAAGAAGCCAUCGGCCAAAGUUCACAGACAUUGUCAGCUUCUUAGAUAAAUUGAUACGAAACCCCAGCUCUCUUCAUACUUUAGUGGAGGAUGUACUAAUAAUGCCAGAUUCACCUGGUGAAAUUCCAGAAUAUCCCUUCUUUGUAUCAGUCAGUGAUUGGCUGGACUCAAUAAAAAUGGGCCAAUACAAAGCUAAUUUCAUGGCAGCAGGGUACACAUCUAUGGAUCUUGUUUCAAGAAUGAGUAUUGAUGACAUUAGAAGAAUUGGAGUUGUUCUUAUUGGACAUCAGAGACGAAUAGUGAGCAGUUUACAGACUUUACGGUUACACAUGAUGCACAUACAGGACAAAGGAUUUCAUGUAUGAAAAUUCUAGAAGCAACUGUGUUUUGUGCCUCAGUAUUUCUAAAAUGGAAAAUACUCUCACUCCUUCCUUCUUCCCAGCUUCAAAAACUGAAACGUCUUCUUCAUACUAUAAACACAAAUAUUUAUGUUAAUUCUUCCAUCUUGGAAUUUUUACUUAAUUACAUAGUUCCAUCCUCAAUGAACUGAUGGUAACAUCCUGGCCCCUAAUAAAAGACUGUUGCUAUGUGAUGUUGAA